AUGACGACCAUGGAUCUUCGUGUCGGCAAUAAAUACCGGAUUGGUCGAAAGAUCGGUUCUGGCUCGUUCGGCGAUAUCUACCUCGGAACCAACAUCAUCUCUGGCGAGGAGAUUGCCAUCAAGCUCGAAAGCGUCAAGGCCAAGCAUCCCCAGCUGGAGUAUGAGGCUCGUGUCUACAAGUCUCUCGCCGGUGGUGUCGGCAUUCCCUUCGUCCGCUGGUUUGGCACGGAGUGUGACUACAAUGCCAUGGUCCUCGACCUUCUUGGACCCAGUCUGGAAGACCUCUUCAACUUCUGCAACCGCAAGUUCUCGCUGAAGACCGUGCUUCUGCUGGCCGAUCAGCUCAUCUCCCGCAUCGAGUACAUCCACGCCAAGUCGUUCAUCCACCGCGAUAUCAAGCCUGACAACUUCCUGAUGGGCAUCGGCAAGCGAGGCAACCAGGUCAACGUGAUCGACUUCGGUCUCGCCAAGAAAUACCGUGACCCCAAGACUCACUUCCACAUUCCCUACAGAGAGAACAAGAACUUGACUGGCACUGCUCGUUAUGCUUCGAUCAACACUCACUUGGGUGUCGAGCAAUCCCGUCGUGAUGACAUGGAGUCUUUGGGCUAUGUCAUGCUCUACUUCUGCCGUGGCUCUCUCCCCUGGCAGGGUCUCAAGGCUGCCACCAAGAAGCAGAAGUACGACCGCAUCAUGGAGAAGAAGAUGACCACUCCGACUGAGGUCCUCUGCCGUGGCUUCCCCAACGAGUUUGCCAUUUACCUCAACUACACUCGGUCGCUUCGUUUCGACGACAAGCCCGAUUACAGCUACCUGCGAAAGAUCUUCCGCGACCUCUUCGUCCGUGAGGGCUUCCAAUACGACUACGUCUUUGACUGGACUGUCUACAAGUACCAAAAGAACGCUCAGGCUAUUGCCCAGGCUGCCGGCGGUGCCAACAACGACGACAGCAAGGCGGCCAACCCUACCACUGCUGCCGGCACCAAGGGCACCCCUGCUAUCCCCAGCAACCGGACCCGCGCCAAGAUGAUUGGUGGUGCCGUUGUUGACACUCCCGACACCAACCGUGCCGUUGGCGGAAGCGACAGGAUGUGA